UCCCCAUCUAAGGUAGUGCUGCUAAGGGCAGGCUGGUAAAGACGUGCCAUUAUGUGGUAGCAACCUUGGUCAAACCAUUUUUUUCCCUUUCCUCCUACAUCACCCUGAGCCAGCAGAGCCUGGGGAGUGUGCUCCGCCAUCGGCCGUGGGUGGAGCCCCCGUCUGCAGGAACAGAAACAGAAAGGAGGACACCACUGAAGGAACGGAGCAGAGCCGGAGGGUUCACGGGGAGAGGAGAAGCCAUGUAUGAGAAAAAACUGAGAGGUUUUUACAAAAUUCACAACAGCUGCCUACAUUGAAAACAGCUGCCUACAUUGAAAACAGCUACACAGGAGGCGUGGAAAAAUGUCUGGCACAUGAAAAUCAUGUAUAUAUCUAAGAAGGCUUUAAAGCAUCAUUUUGACCCCCGUAAGACUCCACAGGACACAUACCUACUAUGCAGACUGCAGUGGGGUGAGACUGGCAGGCCUUGGAUACACUGGGUCAAAAAGGACCAUUGCCAUGCUGAAGUCUACUUCCUGGAGAAGAUCUUACAGAUCAGAAGAUCCAAUGAUUAUGUCAACUGUUCCAUGACCUGGUACUUGUCCUGGAGCCCUUGUGCAGACUGCUGCCUUAAAAUACUGAAUUUCUUAGGGAGGCACUCAUAUGUGAGCAUAGAUAUAUACGUAGCACGUCUUUAUCACAUAGAAGAUGAAAGAAACCGCCAAGGUCUGAAGACCCUUGUGAGCCUGGAGGUCGUAACCAUUGCUGUCAUGGAAAUUGAAGAUUAUAAUUACUGUUGGGAAACCUUUAUCCAAGAAGGUGCUGUGGAUGAUUACUGGACUGUGGGCUUUCAAUCAAAGAUAACUAAGAAUCGUUUGAAGCUCAAGAACGUCUUUAAGGAUCUUCCAUUUGUAGAAUCAUAGAAUUAUAGAAUAUCUCAAGUUGGAAGGGACCCAGAAGGAUCAUUGAAUCCAACUCUGUGCUCCUUGCAGGACUACCUGAAAUGAAACCAUAUGACUAAAACCGUCAUCCAGAUGCUCCUCGAACUGUGACAGACUUGGUGCUGUGACCGCUUCCCUGGGGAGCCUGUUCAGUGACAGAUCACCCUCUCAGUAAAGAACCUUUUCCGAAUAUCCAAGCUGAACUUCCCCUGAUGCAGCUUCAUUCCAUUUCCUCCUGUCACUAGUCACCAGAGAGAGGAGAUCAGCACCAGGAUUACCCCAUCCCAGGUGGAGAAUCUGGCACUUGCUCUUGUUAAAUUUCAUACGGUUGGCGAUUGCUCAGCUCUUGAUUCUACCCAGAUCUCUCUGUAAGUUCUCUCUACCCUUCAGGGAGUCCACAGCUGAUCAUUAGCAAACUUACUUUAUGUACAUUCGAUUCCUGUGUCCAGAUAAUUUAUAAAAACAUUCAAGAGAACCGUCCCUAAAACUGAGCCCCAGGGAACACCACUGGUGACUGGUCGCCAGCCUGAUGUAACCCCAUUUACUAUAACCCUUUGAGCCCAACCCAUCAGCCAAAUGCUCACCCAAUGUGUUAUGGACUUGUCUAGCUGUGUGCUGGACAUUUCAUCCAGACGGAUACUGUAAGAGACAGUAUCAAAAGCCUUGUUAAAAUCCAAAACCGCCACAUCUACUGGCUUCCCUUGGUAACCUUGGAUGGGUGACCUUGUCAUAAAAGGAAAUUAAAUUGGUUAAGCAGGACUUUCCCCUCAUGAACCCGUGCUGGCUAUGACCACUGACUGUGUUGUCUCUCAAGUGGUUUUCAAUAAUUCCCAGAAUAACCUUCUCCAUAAUUUUACCAGGCACUGAAAUGAUACUGACAGGCCUGUAAUUACCAGGGUCUUCCUUCUUACCCUUCUUGAGAACUGGGACAACAUUUGCCAGCUUUCAGCCAACUGGGACCUCUCCAGACUCCCAAGACCGUUGGAAAAUAAUGGAGAGAGGUGCCAUGGUAACAUUGGGCAGCUCAUUCAGUACCCUGGGAUGAAUCCCAUUGGGCCCCACAGAUUUAUGUGCAUCCAGCUGGAGUAGCAAUUCUCAAACAAGUUCAGGGUCGGCUGGGAGUUUAUCAUCCCCCAGUUAUGGUCUUCCAACACAGUGCUCUGGGGGUACCAGGGCCCAUCAUCUGUGUGGAAGACAGAGGUGAAGAAUGCAUUAAGUGUAAGACAGGACCAAUGUUAUCUCUGGUCCUCUGCUACGAGAUUUCACCCAUAGAAGAUGGCCAUCUGCCUUACUGCUUGUAUGUAGAAGAUAACAAUCAUUAAAUGUUGCUAACAUUCCCCAGUUUCUAAAAGCCACCAAUAUCCUGGGUAGACAGCUUGUCACUGGGAGUCUUAAGUAUAUUGGACAGUGUUAAAUAUCCCUGAUGAGAAAUUUCUGGAUGUGGAAAUGGAGGCAGGUAGUAGCCAGAAUGGGGAACAGUGUCCUAGGCCCAAUACCCUGCUAACAUUGUUCUUCCUCUGAUGUGGCCCAGUGGUGCACAGGCUGAUGGCAAAAAGGUGCUUAAAGAGGACUGAUAACACCCAAACAGUUGAUUAAUUCACUGUAACUUACUUAUCUGAGGCAUUUUGACAAGAACAGGCUAUUUCCUUGACUCUUGAAAAAUUAAUUUCUGGCAAGAGAAGGUCAAGGUGCCACAAGGAACAUCUCUGGAGACUUGCUGUCCUCUCAGCUAGCCUUGUCUGCCUCAUGCUGCAAGAGGAAAAGUGAACCUAAAAACACAGAAAAUGCCCCAUCAGGGCAGACAUUGUAUCUAGUAUUGUCAGGAGAAGAUGUUUUUUAGGGAGAACAGACAAGCCUGGACACUGUCUGUGGUUCAUUAUGACCCAGUCACAGUACCUCAAUACCCGCAAUGACUGUGGUUGGGAACCCUGCAUCUUUAGUGUCUGUUUAUGGACUUGGCACCACAAAUUUUUCACAUCUCUUUAAUCUGUCCUGCUAUCUGUGUCCACAGUUUACUGGGGCAGCAGAUUCUGGAAGUUCACAGCUUGCCAUGUAAAUAAGUACUUGUCCGUGUUUUAAACCGAUCAACUAAUCACAAUAAGUGUCAGUUCUUGCUAUACUAAUGUCUCAUCAUUAGUCACUGAAACGCUUGUCUGCAUUUGAAAGACUGGGCUAGCCUAGAGAAUUUUCCACUGGCUCGGUGGGAGCUGUAACGUGUAACUGACAGCGGCACUUGAUCUUAAGAGCAACUUAAAAAAUCCACGGACACUCCAUUCAACAGAAGCAAAUCCUCCAUCCACCAAGUGGUGUGACUGUGGAAUGGUAAUUACAGUAUUCAUGGUCAUUGUAUUUCAGGAGGUCCACUCAGCUGGCUGAAAGAAGUGAGAAAGUAUUUUUAUCUGUAGGCCUGUCCUGGAACUGGACCACUAGAUGUAUCCACUGGAAACUCCUUGAAAAGCAAGGCACAUUAGGCUGCGCAGAGAAUUGUAGGAAUGCAGCUGUAUCCCCUGCAGUAGCCAAGCUGGAUUGUUUGCUCCCCUCUCUGGUCGUUUGCUCCCCUGUACUGUGCAGAGGUACUGUGCCAUCAGUACCAAGUGCUUGGAAAAUAGAACCUCUCUCCGUCCCCAUUCCCGAUGCUAGGUUAUUUCUGCAAGACUAGGAUAAAUAUUCGUUUACUUGUACCCAUUUUAAUCAUUAAACUC